AUGACAGACCCAUUGAAAUCCUACGAUUCCUCCGGCCGCCCCAAGCCCACCGCAAUCUCGCAAAACGUCUACAACAUCGCCGGUAUCUCCGUAACAGUCUACGGUCUCGACGAGCUCCAAUCCCAGGCCACAGACGUUGCAUGCCUAUGGCUUCUUCACCCUCGGCUCGCGACGCAGGCGCGUAUGACCGGUAUCGCGGAGGCGACUAUCAAUGACUGGAAUGGCAGGACGCGGGCUACUCCGUCGGCGAAGGGGUUGAUUGCCGUUUCUUUUGACCAGCGGAAUCAUGGUGCGCGGAUGGUUGAUCCGUUGGCGAAUGAGGCUUGGAGACAGGGGAAUCCUCGGCAUGCGCAGGAUAUGUUUUCUAUUUUCCAGGGUACUGCGCGCGAUACAUCGCUGCUAAUGGACUACCUCGCUGCGUUUAUCUUCCCUAAUGGCGAGCACAAGAUCUCGGAGAACCUGGUGCUGGGCGUGUCACUGGGUGGCCACGCUGCGUGGAGCUGCUUAUUACACGAGCCUCGCAUCAGCGCCGGAGUCGUCAUCAUCGGUUGUCCAGAUUACCUCAAUCUCAUGGUUGACCGUGCGCGUCUCUCCAAAUUACCAUCCUGGACCAAGACCACUCCUCCCGGAGCAGAGAUUCUCGGCUCAGAGGCUUUCCCGACCUCCUUCGUGGAUAUCGUGAAGCAGUAUGAUCCCGCCAGUCUGAUGCUAAGCUACAUGGAUACUGGUUCUAAGAGCUUGCAACGUGAUGGACCUCUACCUGCGCCGACGGAGCAACAGAAGCAGGAAUUGCGUCCGCUGCUGACGAAGUUAUUGGCCGGCAAGCGGAUCCUGAACUUAUCUGGUGGUAUUGAUAAGUUGGUCCCGUACCACCGUGGAGAAGCGUUUUUGGACUGGUUUAAGAGUGCGGUGGGAUCGAAUGGAUGGUUUGGGGAUGGUGGUGUUACUUUUGAGGAUAUUAUUGAUGAUUCGGCGGGUCAUGAGGUGACGCCGAAGAUGGUUGAUGAGGCUGUUCGGUUUGUUAGUGAGACUCUGGCGACGAGUGCGGAUAAGACGGGUCGGAGAGGCUCGGUGCGGGAGUCGAAGAUAUGA